AUGAUCGACGAGUUUUGCAUCUUCGAGAGCGGCGGCACAGUUCUGUGGCGACGCAGCUUUGUCGCCCUCAAGGGGGAUCCCCUCGCUAUUCUUGUCCGCUCCGUUCUUCUCGAAGAUCGUCUCUCACUGCCAGAGCUCUCAUUUGACUGCUACACACUUCGCUGGGUCCUGGACAAUGAAAGGGGUCUCUUCUUCGUCGUCAUCUUCCAACGCCUUCUUCCUCCCGCUUACGCCGAUGAUCUCCUACAUAUGGUCCGCAAGGAGUUCACAAAGCGAUACAUCCGUCCCGCAGACAACCCCUCCGCCAAGGGUAACACCCCUUUCGUGGUCGACUGCGACCCCGAUUUCGACCAGUUUGCGCCCCAUUUCGAGCGCAUUCUUGCCUCUGCGGAGAAGAAGAGCAUGACCGCAGGCGCCACCUCCAGGAAUGCAGAAGGAAAGAAGAGAAAGCCUGUCAAGCCACCAGCACCUGACAUUACAUCCCCUGAUCCUAAUCGUGAAGCAGAGCAAGACCCCGAAACAUUGGAUACAGGCUUGUCCACCCUGUCAGCAGAGGAUGUUGUGAAGAAGAACAGAGAGGCUUUCAUACGAAAGCACGUCUCAAGAAAGUCGAAGGCUGCCAUGGGCGCAAUGAAGAUGAAGCCGAAACCCUCUGCGAUCGAUUCUGCGACAACCCCAACUCGCAGCGUCGGGGGAAAAGUUAUGCGGCCGAGCAACAAGGCAACACAGGAUGCUGGGCCUACGCUUGAUUACAGCACAGGAAAACCGCAAGAGGAUGGCGCAAUUGCAGACGAUGAAGUCGCACGGUUUAGAGAUCAAUUCAUGAACGCGGCGCCUAAUUCUGCAUAUGACAUCAUCGAGGAUUCAGACGACGAUGAGUUCGAUGAGGAGGAUGGUGAUGGGGUGAACGAGAGCAGUGCUCCUCUUGGUGGUGUGCUGAACUAUUUCAAGGGGCUCGCGGGGAUGCGAAACCUAACGAAAGCAGACUUGCAACCGGUUAUGGAAAACUUCAAGGACGUACUUAUUGCUAAGAACGUAGCGCAGAACAUUGCAGAAAAGUUGAUUGAAUCAGUACUCAACAGUUUGGAGGGGAAAAAGAUGGAAUCCAUGACCUCAGUCACUACAACAGUGCGAAGCGCACUGGACGAGGCACUAACAAGAAUUUUAACAUCAAGACAAAGUACAGACAUCGUCGCAGAGAUCGCUGCCAAACAAGGUACGGGUCGUCCAUAUGUUAUUACAUAUUGUGGCGUUAACGGCGUCGGUAAGAGCACUUCGUUGGCAAAGACAUGCUACUACCUGCUCAACCAUGGUUACAAGGUAAUGAUUGCGGCUUGCGAUACAUUUCGAGCGGGUGCGGUUGAGCAACUUCGUACUCACGUCCGGUGCCUCGGGGAAGGAGUAGAGUUGUUCGAUAGGGGUUACGGAAAGGAUGCUGCUGCCGUUGCGAACGAUGCGAUUCGGAAGGCGAAGGAGCUCGGAUAUGACGUGGUGCUUGUGGAUACGGCAGGGCGGAUGCAAGACAAUGAACCGCUUAUGCGUGCACUGGCAAAACUUGUGGAGGUGAACAGACCAGACCGGGUGCUGUUUGUGGGGGAAGCACUAGUGGGCAACGACGCAGUAGACCAACUGAGCAAGUUUAAUCAGGCACUAGCAGACCACCAAAACGCAGCAGCGCCACGGUUGAUUGACGGAAUCGUGCUCACAAAGUUUGACACGAUCGAUGACAAGGUCGGGGCAGCCGUUUCCAUGGUGUACGCGACAGGACAGCCAAUUGUGUUUGUGGGAGUCGGACAGACCUACAUGGACUUGCGCAAAAUCAACACGCGGUCCCUCGUCAAAGCGCUGCUGAAGUAGAAAGGAUGACGUUGAAGUCAUUAGACCGGUCCUUUUUUUUGUCCCGUUCCUUUUCACAUGGUAUGUACAAAGUAAAUAAAAAAAUCGGAAACCCCCUA